AUGACAUGUAAAGUUCGUAUUCAUCCUGCCACAACAGCCUUUGAGUUGACAAACAACCUAGUAAGCAACCUUGCAAACUAG